AUGUCUGGGUACCGGGUGCCGCCCAAAGCCCCUUGGCAGCAUGACCAGUAUCAUACCAGUUCGCCGCCACGCACUCCUCCACGCAGCGCCAAUAAGAAUAGCCACAUGCCCAUUCGGCCCUCCUUCCCUGAGACUUUUCUGGAAGAUAUCCCCUCUGUUGACAAUAACCAGCAUGAGGACUCGGCGGAUGAAGAGAAGGAUCCUCACGACCUUUCGCUGUCCCCACAGCACGUCACCAGAACCUCUGUAGUGGAUAACAUGCUCCUUUCUCUGGAUCAGCUCUCCGAAUCUAACUUCAAUACUGCGGAGGAGGCCCAAGGCUAUAAGGCAGAGGAGCCGGAUCCAUACACCUUAUAUUCACGUUAUGCAAAUGCCAAAAUGUCUCGCCAUCGUGGCCAUACAUUCUCUUCGUCGCUUUCUUCAGAGAUUGAAGCAUUGGAUGACAACAGUGUUUAUCCCCAUCUCUCCAGCCGUGGGCGUCGCAGCAACAGCAGUUCGAAUUUCCAGUUUAUAGCACGGAAGCCGGAUGGUUCUGCUGCUAGUAAAGAUAAGUUGAGCAACCGAAGCCGUGUCUUUGAAGCCCAACGAGCCGCCAUGGGUGGUCAGCUCACCCGGUAUCCUAUCAAUGGCGGCCGUAGCGAGACUUCGAACCUGGAUAUCACCCAAAUGUUAGCCGGUGGUCGCAUUGGUAGAGGGCGCCGCUCUAUCAGUUUUGAUUAUGGAGCAGACAGGCCGUUGAGACAACCACUUGAUGCUACCAUGCUGGAGUACGAUGACUUUAAUGCCGCACCCACACCUAAUGUUCCUGCCGGACCUCGAAGUCGUUCGCCCGGACUGAGGGACCAUUCGCGCCCUCAAUUAUGUUUAGCGGAAUCUUCGCGGACUCCCACCUUGACUCGCAAGAAUAGUGCCAAGUCUGCUAAAAGCAUGUACACUAAGAAGGGACGCUUCGAUACUCUGGGAACUGGUACAGUUAGAUCUCGACCUGACGACAACGGCAGGUACUUCAGGGACAACGACUCAGAUAUUCCUCCCAUUCCAACUCGCACUCAUGGUCCUGCCCCUAGCCCAGCAAUUGGCUUUCAAAAGCCUGUUCAUAUUUCGCCGCCAGCCGAACCUAUCACACCACCCACAGUCAAGGAGCGCUAUGGCUUUUUCCGACGAGUUUUUGGCUCCUCGAAAUCCUCAUCACCGCAAUCCGAUAAAACUCAGAUCUUUUCACGCGACGAUGAUAACUUCAGCCGGUCUAAAGAGCCACAGAGUGCGCCAAACAGCUCGAAAGGACGCCCUUCGCAUAAUCAACAGAGUACUCCCAUUGUGACUAAAAAGCCUUCUUCCUUUUUCCGACGGCGGAAAAGAUCCCCGACAGAUCAUGUCCCGCUCCCAUUGGAUCUCCUACCAAAUCUGAAACAUAGUCAUGCAACAGGAGAUCUACAGCCAGAGCCAAGUCCAAGCAGUAGCUUACACCAGGCCAUGAAACCAUACAUAGCUGGGCCAACGUCCCCUAGAUUUGAAGACUCGACGCCUCGUACCAAAUCUGACGCGAAUGUGGAUUCAGCAGAUAACGAACCUGGAACUCACCCACUCAAAGGCAGAAGCAUUAUUGAUGAACCUCUAGCAGCAACUAAACGGGCUUAUCCAAGUGGUAGAUCACCGCUGUCGAACAAUGCCACUAUUAAAAAGGUUCAGGCAAGUCCCGAACGGAAUUUCGCACGCCUUGAUCGUGAUGGUUCUUUUCUAGCCAGUAGCACUGGAGACGACAACAGCUACCAACAAAGCUCAGAGGACGUAUCUGCGCGUCCUAAGACAAGCCCCAGUCCUCAGACCUCCUCUCGCAAUUUCAUGCCUCCCAGCAAUGGAAACGAGCAGAGUUCAAAUAUCGCUUCGCGUCCUAACAACCGACUAUUUAUUGAUACUUCUUUAACCCCACCAGAGAAAUCUCAGCCCGAAAGUGGCCCGACUUCGAGAGCCGAGCCUAACAAAUCCAUGCUGUCGGCCAAAGGCGCUCCCGAUUCUCCCCCUCUAUCGGCAUCUACCACCAUUUCCCAUUACCAGACCGCCUCGAGUACACCUCUCAUAAGCCCCGAGGAUGAGCCAAUUUCGAAGCAGGCCAAGAAAAUGUCACCUUCUACGUCACCGAUCAAAGAGAGCGCUCACGAAACUCCCUAUUCCAAUAGUUCUGUAAAUACCGCCAGUGACGAAAACCAAGGAACAAUAGAUCGGCAACACGCGGAGAAGCUUUUUAAUGAUGCCGAUGAACAGCACUCGAAAGAGCAACUUACUGCAACUUGGCUUGGGAAUCCACAAAGGGCCGGCCUCAGGAAAGCCUACAUGGAUUUGUUUGAUUGGUCGGAUAUGACUAUCUUGGCAGCACUUCGCAGUCUAUGUUCAAAAAUGGCUUUAAAGGGCGAAACGCAGCAGGUCGAUAGGGUGCUGGAUGCAUUUUCUGCUCGAUGGUGCGAAUGCAACCCGAAUCACGGAUUCAAAGCAACAGAUGUUGUUCAUACAAUAUGCUAUUCGCUUUUACUUUUGAAUACUGACCUACACCUCGCGGAUAUCGAGCAAAAAAUGACUCGCACUCAGUUUAUCCGGAACACUAUGCCUACAAUUCAACGAGUUGUCGAUGAUGCUGCUCCAGACUCAUUUGAAAUGUCAAAGUUUCAACGCCCUAGAAGUAUUUAUGAUACAGGCCCGUUUCUCGAGCGAAGCUCAACGCCACAUACUGAGGGGGAUGAAGCUGAGUCGAACGUAGUAUCCAAUUUGGCGCCCAGACCUCAGGAUACAACCACUAAGCUUAACCCAGUAAUCAACCUCUCUGCUAGUAAUGAAAUGCCCAUUAGCAGUGCCGGGCAACUUGUACAUCUCCCGUUUCGUGGGACCAGAAAGGCGUGGGAACAUCAAGUUGAAAUGGUUCUCAAAGACUGUUACUAUUCCAUACAAAAGCGACGCUUGCCACUCCAUGGUCAGGUAGAACCCGAAGAACAGCAGCCUACUAAUAACUUUUUAACAUUUACUGGAAACAUGUUACGCAGAACCCCCAGUACCCUUAGCAGAGUUACGGCAUCCGACACGCUUCCCCGUGGUCGACCUGCGGACAAUCGUCUGUCUACUGCCCGUUGGACGUCCAAGCCUAGAUCUAGAGCACGAAUGUACCCCUCAUCAACUAUGGCUUCUAGUCGUACGAGUUUGGACGACCAAUCUGUUUGGUCACCCGCCGCCUCUAGUACAUGGAGCAAGGUGUCAUUAGGAAAGACCCUGACCUCCAUGUCGGUCGACUCUUUUGGUUCCGAAUAUCCGCGUGCUGACUAUCAGCAAUCCAUUGGGUUUGCCAACGCCCUCAGCCAUGCCAUCAUCCGAGAGGAUUCUGCAAGCUGCUUCACCGGGAUAGAUGAUCCUAGCCGUGCUGAAUCUCUGUUGGAGGACGAAGCUUUAGAACUGUUUGGAGCGCCAUGGGCGAAGGAAGGUAGCUUAAAACAUAAACAUCAUCUGGACUCGGUAGACAAACGAGCGAAAGAUAGAAACUGGAACGAAACUUUUGGCGUUAUUCAGCGAGGCUGGCUGAGAUUAUUUUCAUUCAACUCGACGACAAAAUCCAUGCGUUUAAAACCGAAGCACAGGCACAACGCUGGUAUUGUCGUUGGAGGGGGAAACUGGAUGGAGAACGCAGAAGAAACAUCGAAAUUUUUACUUCGCCAUACUAUCGCCAGUGCAUUACCUCAACCUGGAUACUCUAAGUCUCGACCUUUCGUUUGGGCAUUGAGUCUGCCCACUGGGGCAGUUCACCUUUUCCAAGUUGGAACCCCAGAAAUUGUGAAAGAGUUUGUCUCUACGGCUAAUUACUGGAGUGCCCGACUCUCUAAGGAGCCAAUGUCUGGCGGAAUCAGCAAUAUUGAAUAUGGAUGGAGCGAUGCUGUUGCCAAUAGCUCUUUGGCCCAAUCUGACGAGUACAAACCUACCAGUGCUUCGGGCCCUCGACCAAGCCUUCAAAGCUCGAUACGCAGCUCCAUUGAUCAGCAAAGUGUUCGCCCGCGACUUCCCGGAGAUAGGGUUCAUAUCGGCGACUGGAUGCCCCCACAACAAAGCAUGAUUGCGUCGAUUCUUAAUGAAGCAGAUCAGCUAGUUGCACUCCGUAAAUAUGUCAACUACGUCGAAGAGGAACUCAAACGGCAUAAUGAACUUCGAAGCGCCAUGGUCAUUGCUUUUUCUCCUCGGCACCCGAAUGCUUCGAAAGCACUUGCCAACUGGGAACGCAAAUCAUCGUACCUCUUGAGGGAGAUUGUCAAAUUCCGCACCUAUAUCGAUUGUCUGCAAACCGCCCAGACCCAAAAAGAAAAAUUUCUCAAUGACGCAGCUCGAAACGAAGAACGAGAGCUGGACCAAGACCAUCAAGCUCAUGCCGCUUCAGGGCUUGAAUCAAUGCAACCCAAUACUUUAAACUAA